AUGGCAUCUUUUUUCGGAAACAUAGAGACUGCACCUCCUAUUGAGGUAUUUUAUAUGAACAAAAUGUAUCAAGAUGAACCAGCGAAGUAUAAAGUUAACUUAACUAUUGGAGCGUAUCGUACGGAAGAAGGUAAACCAUGGGUGUUGCCAGUAGUGCGUGAAGCGGAGAAGCGACUUGCAGGUGGUGUGGGUCAUGAAUAUUUACCAGUACUUGGUUAUGAACCAUUCUGUAAUGCUGCAGUGGAAUUAAUUCUUGGGAAGGAUUCAUCCAUUAUCAAAGCUGGAAAAGCCAUAGGUGUACAAUGUCUUUCUGGAACGGGGUCACUAAAAGCUGGGGCUGAUUUUCUCAGUUUUGUCAUGAAAAUGAAAACAGUUUACAUUUCCAAACCAACUUGGGGCAACCAUAAAUUAAUAUUUGAAAGAGCUGGUUUUACGGAUAUACGUGAAUACUGUUACUGGGAUGCAACAAAUCGUUGCAUAGACAUGAAAAACAUGUUGGCCGAUCUUGAAGCUGCACCUGAGAACGCUAUAGUGGUUUUGCAUGGCUGUGCUCACAAUCCAACUGGUAUGGAUCCUACUCAUGAUCAGUGGAAACAGAUUGCAGAAAAAAGACAGCUUUUUCCAUUUUUUGAUCUUGCCUAUCAAGGCUUCGCAAGUGGUGAUCUGGAUGCGGAUGCCUGGGCUGUGCGAUAUUUUGUUGAGCAAGGAUUGGAGAUCUUUUGCGCACAGUCAUUCGCCAAGAAUUUUGGCCUUUAUAGUAAAAUUUUCGUAAUUAUUGGUUAUGUUGUGAUUUGGGUGAGGUUGGAUGAACGAGUUGGCAAUCUGACAGUGGUAGUGUCAGAUCCAAAAACACUAACGAGUUUUAAAUCACAGAUGUCACUAGUUAUUCGAUCCAAUUGGUCUAAUCCUCCCAAUCAUGGUGCAAGAAUUGUGCAUAUGAUAUUAACGUCGCCAAGCAUGUGUGUCCAAUGGCAUGAUGCCAUUAAAACGAUGUCUUUGCGCAUAAAGGGUAUGCGACAAGCAUUACGAGAAAACUUGGAAAAGCUUGGUACUCCUGGGAAGUGGGAGCAUAUUACACAACAAAUUGGAAUGUUUUCAUUUAGUGGUCUUAAUCCGGAACAAGUUGAUCAUCUUAUUAAGAAACACAAAGUGUUUUUGCUAAAGAAUGGACGAAUAAAUGUCUGUGGAUUAAAUCCAGAAAAUGUUGAAUACGUCGCUAAGGCAAUCAAUGAAACAAUAAACAACAUAAAAUAG